CACAAAUCAAACAUGGCGGACGUAAACAGUAAGGAAAAAACAGAUGCCUCUCCCGCCAAGGAACGCAAGUUUUCUUUGACACCGACAGAGGCCAUAGCUGAAGUCGACAAGCUCAAAGAAAGGGUUCGCUCGCUAUCUUUUAGUAGUACGGUCUCAGGAGAAAGUACUGAUAGUGGCAGUUCUGUCACACGACCGCUCGUGAAAAAGCAGGACGAUUUAAUCGCUUGCCUGAGUGUUAUGCGGCGCUUGAUGGAACAGGCGGAGGGUGAGAGUAAACGAAUGAGAGAAGAAAAACUUGUCAUUGCCUCUAAAAUCAACAGUUCUCUCACUGCGGUUAAUCGGGAGGUGGAAUAUUUGAAAGCCGAACUUAGAGAUCAAGACAAGAGGUUGUCGGAGCUUGCGAGCGAUAAAUUAACUCCUGAAACGAAAACUGAUGGCGCUGGAUCGUCCAAGAGUAAAUUAGAAGAUUAUAACGAAGACAAUGAUAGAUUACGAUGUGAAAACGAGUUUUUAACCAGAGAACUCAACGAAUGGAGAAAUGGAAACACAGAUUUAGAUCAGCUUCGGCAAAGGCUCCAUUCUUGUGAACACGAAAUUGCUCGCGCUAAAGAAACGAUUUCUUGUAUGAAAAUGGAAAGGAAGCGUUUGAAAACAGAGAAAAUGGGUUUACUUAAUCAAAUGAAGCAGGUUUAUGGAAUAUUGGAGGUAAAAGAAACGGAACUCAGAGAAUUUAUUCAGAAUUAUGAACAACGGAUGUUAGAGGGUGAAGAACGAAUUAAGCGCCUUGAGAGCGAAAAGCGGACUUGGGAUAAGGAGCGAUGUGAUCUAUUAAGAGAAACCGAUAGUUUAAAAUCACAGUUGGAAAUGAAAGACGUACAGUUGAAGGAGUUGGAAACUGAUUUUUUCGAAGUAAAACGACAUCUAACUGCUUUGCAAUCCUCGCUAAGCGAGAACAAUUCACAGUUCUUUUUUAAAACGAACAACUUAAAUUUGGACACCACAGGAGGCAAACUUACAUGUAGAACGAACGCUACGAAUGUUAAGAAGAUAAAUUCCGUGCAAAACUUGAAAGAUUCACCAAAAUCCCCGCUAAAAAACGGAGAUCACUGUCCUGUGCCAGCACCACAAUCACUGGUGGGGUCAAAUUCAUCAGAUUCCCUGUCUGAUUUAAGCCAAGCCCCUACACCACAUGACUCAGAAGUUUUUGAUUUUGGUGUUCCAACCAACUAUGAAGAACAGGACCCAAGGAAGAAGAAAAUCAAGAGACGUUCAUCCUCAUUGUCUAGGUUUUUUUCACGAGGAAAGCAACGGAAGCCUGUCUUCAAGCCAUUAGUUAAAGAGUUUCCAGACAUCGAUAAUGUGGACAAAACUCCAAUCAGCAUGAGUUAUGCUGAGAAAAAGCGUGUGUGGGAACUACAUAAAGACAUCCCAAUGGUUUGUUGGAAAGCCAAUAUGGUUUUAGCUUGGCUAGAAGUGGAGUGUCAAAUGCCCAUGUAUUCACCCAUGUGUUAUGACAACAUCAAAAGUGGAAAAGUAUUGUUAGAGCUUAGUGAUACCGAGCUUGAAGCUGGACUUGGUAUGGGUAACAUUAUGCACCGAAGGAAACUGAGAUUGGCCAUUGAGGAUUACAGGGACCCCUCCUAUGUAAAAUUUCCAGAGAUAUCCUCUGUAGAUCACCUUUGGGUGUCCCGAACAUGGAUUAGAGACCUGGGUCUCAGCCAGUAUUGCUCAGCAUUUGAAGCUCAGAUGAUUGAUGGGAGGCUUUUGAAUGUGCUCACAAGAAAAGAUAUGGAGAAAUAUCUCAAUGUCAGCAAAAAAUUCCAUCAGUCAAGUAUCCUUCACGGUAUUAAGUUGCUUCGCAUGAUAGAGUUCAACAAAGAGUUUCUAAUGGAUCGUAGAAGAAAGAGUGAAGAAAGUGAUUUAGAUCCUCUAGUUUGGACCAGUGAGAGAGUUGCCAAGUGGUGCCGUUCUGUAGACUUGGGGGAAUAUGCAGACAGGUUGAGGGACAGUGGUAUCCAUGGAGCAUUGCUGGUCCUUGAUCUCUCAUUUGGAGCUGAUGAACUGGCUCAAGCUCUUGGCAUUCAUUCUUCCAAGAACAUUAUCAGGAGGCAUCUUACCUCUGAACUGUUGUCUGUGUUAGGCCCUGCAAGAGCUGCAGUGGCUCCCGGUGAAACUGAAAUGAAAAGCAAAGAAAAACAGAAGAGACAUCGAUCACUGAGUUUCAACUCUGGCAGCAGAACUAGCAUGAGUUCAGAUAUCAAACGACACAGUUUUAGGGAUUCAUUCAUGCUUCAUAAAAAGAACAGACCGACAAGAACCAGUAGUGUUGGAGAUGAUUUGUCAAAGUCAGAUUACCCUGCUGUACAAAUGCGAAGCUCGUUUAGAAGAUCUCGCCUGCGACCUAAGUCAUCUUUACAGUAAAGAGAGAAGUAACAGCAAUGGUCAUUCA